AUGACCAAGCGGCCACGAAUAGAAGACGAUACCCCAGCUUUUGAUGGUUCAAAGCCAAUAGCACUCCAACGUCGACGCGUCUGGAGAGCCUGCGAGGAAUGUCGCCGCAAAAAGUGCGCCGCAACAAACGCCGAGUGCAAAUGGACACAAACCAAGGACAGAGCCGCGCUCAGUCGACACUACGUACAAGAGCUCGAGGCUAGACUCUUGUACAUGGAACAGCUCUUCAAGCAGCACGCGCCAGACGUAGAAGUCUUCCCCAAAGAGGGAUCAGGUUUACCGCCGCACAUGGCCAAAAACAUACCCACCCUCGUCCCCUUUACGUCGGCUACACGCCCAGCACAGGCUCCCACUACAAAGGAGGACGACCUUGACGUGCUUAGCCACGUAAAGCACGAAGAUGAAAGCACAUUGACAGAUCAUUUCGGUCAGAUGGCUCUCGACGCAGAAGGACACCUUCGAUGGAUCGGUGGCUCAUCUACAAUGACACUCAUCGAGACAUUCCGUAACGAGACAGCAAAUGAUGAAGAUUUUGGGGCGACUCCAAGCUCUGAUCAGUCGGACGGCCCGAAUAUGCUCUAUUUCCCUACCGGACUCGGUUUCGGCAAGCUACGGGCUCUUCCCUCUGCUGAAGAAGUGGAGUACCCUGAGAGAGACUUAGCUGACAAAUUGGUCCAAGCGUAUUUUGAGCGCUUCCAUUUUCUGCUCCCCGUGCUCGACAAGCCCUCCUUUUUGGUGCGCUACAAGCACCUCAUGGACAAUAAUGGCACGGGCGAGCAGGUUGGCUUCAUCGCAGUCGUCUUUGCCGUCUUUGCAUGUGCAGCGAGGUUUUUAGACGACAGUCGCAUCAAAUCGGCACAUUACAUGGACCCUCGUGGGACUGCCAUGAUUUUCUACGAAAGGGCCAUGAUGCUCUACAUCAUCGACCACACUAGCACCCAAUUCGCACACGUUCAAUGUUUCGCGCUUCUUUCCGCCUUUUUGGCCAGUCUCAACCGGCUCCCACAGGCGUGGUUGCUCGUGGGUCAAGCGGUACGAACCGCCCAGGAUCUCGGUCUCCAUCGCUCCCCCAAACCACUCAAACUAUCCAAAGUGGACAAGGAGACACGUCGAAAGGUCUGGUGGUGCGUCUACGGUCUCGACCGAUGCCUCGCAGUUCAGCUUGGACGCCCUCUUGGUAUCGACGAUAAUGAUAUUGAUGUCGAUAUGCCCGUCCCAUACGACGAUGUGGACCUGCCUGCCUAUUUCGAGGGCAAACUGGGCGACAAGAAAGAGCCGACGCUGAUGCAGGGCUUUGUUGCACUAACCGCACUGUACAAGAUUGCCGGCAAAGUUUUGAGGCACGUGUACUCGACGGACAAACUCAAGGGCAACAUUGCGAGUGACAAAGCAGCCGAGCUUCACAAGGUGGUCGACAAGUUAGAUCAGCAGCUAACCCUAUGGGUAGACCAACUCCAUCCGACGUUGAGACAAUCCCCGGAUACCCCGCAAAUGGUUUCUAUGAGCGCCGUGCUAUGCUCGUCCUACUAUGCCGUUCUCAUCACGUUGCAUCGCAACUUUUUGCCAACACGCAAGAAUAUGAUGCAUUAUGUGGGCUCUUCAUCGGUGCCCAAGGCGGUCUGUGCGAGCCGCUCGUGCAUCUUCCUCGCGACAUCCAUGAACCCGGCUAUUCCGCCUUCGCACCACCUCGCAGUCUUUGUUCAGUCUCUCUUCUCUUCGGCAAUUAUUAUCCUCCUGGUGGUUAUGCACGCCACGGAUAAAAAUGCUGCCGAAAUUGCCAUGUCGGAAGUGGGGAAUUGUGUCCACGCCUUGGAGAGCCUGGAAACCACCUGGCCCGGUGCCUCAAAGUGCAAGGAACUUUUAAUCGAGCUUACCCAGGUGACAAAGGCUAAUCUUGCGCGAAUUGGCAAGCCGAAGAGCUCACGGCAUAGCUCUCGUGGCUCCGUUCAACUGUCAAACCCAGCUUCGCAAGAAAGUUCUCCAAAGCCGGUGACUUCCCAAGCCACGGUGUCAAAUGGGACGAAGACGCCACUCCAAGCCUAUUCCCUGAACGGCUCUUCCACCGGAACGCCGUCCCCACCCAUGACCUUUUUGUCCCCGAUCAAGCCCCGCGCGGAGACAGUUGGGGGUCGUCCACUCACCCUACGCGACCCAAAGCAACCCGAGUUGGGCGCGCAAGGUGGUCGUCUGACGAACCCAGAGUUUGGCGGGUCCGACUUGCAAGACCAACGGUUCAAUCCUCGCCUUGCGCAAGAGGCGUAUACAACGUCGACGUGGCGGAAUACGAGCCCACCUGUUGCGACCUAUCUGAAUGACCCUCGCAUCUACGGGCCACAGGCCGAUUAUGCGGUGCCAUUUUCGCCUACCGACCCCGUCCAGGGCAUUCCUGCCAAUGCGAUUUAUGGCGGCUCGUCCAUCUACACAUCGACUUGGAACAUGGGGGACGCUCAACCGACCUCACUUGACGCGUCUGACUACCCGUCGCUCUCUGGAAUGGACUUUAUCCAGACGUUUGCCCCGACUGGCCAGAUGCAAGGCGAGGCAUUAUGGGAGAAUAUGCCAGAGGUAUUUAGUGCCGAACCGCGGAUGUUCGGCGUUUUGGAUGAGCUUCAAGAUGGACACCUUUAG